AUGCAACAGAAUGGCGCGAGCAGCUCCAACGGCUCGGGUGUCGGCGGCGGAGAGCGAGAGUCUCCGUCCCGAAGCCCCCUGCUACCGGCGGCGACGACUCGGGUGAGACGGUUCAUCCAGGAGCGGCGCACCCUGCCGCUGCCCAAAGUCAUGGUGGUCUUCUCGACCGUGGGUGACGCCGAGAAAGCCAGCGAUGCCAUGGCCGACGAUGACUCGCGGAAGCCGGCCUCCCCAGCCGUGGCGGCGACGGCAGCGGCGAACGUCUGCCGGGGCAAGCCGUCUCGCUACCCGCUGGACGCCAGACAGGAGCAGGAGUUUCCCGAGGUGAUCUCUCUGAACGUGGGGGGCUCCCUCUUCACCACCCGGCUGUCCACGCUGCGCCGCUACGACGACACCAUGCUGGCCGCCAUGUUCAGCGGGCGCCACCACAUCCCGCGCGACGCAGACGGACGCUUCUUCAUCGACCGCGACGGCGCCUACUUUGGGGACAUCCUGAACUUCCUGCGUGAGGGCGAGCUGCCCCAGCGCGAGCGCGUCAGGGCGGUGCACCGCGAGGCGCAGUACUACUCCAUCCCAACCCUGCUGGAGCUCCUGGAGGACACGCAGCCGCUCACCGGAGAGAAAGUGCGGCAGGCCUUUCUUGACCUGCUGCCCUACUACAAAGACAAUCUGGAGCGCAUCGUGGAGAUCGCCAAGCUGCGCGCCACGCAGAAGAAGGCGCGCUUCGCCAAGCUGAAGGUGUGCGUCUACAAGGAGGAGAUGCCCAUCACGCCGUACGAGCGGCCGCUCUUCAACUCGCUGCGCUCGGAGCGCGCCGAGGGCGAGGCCAAGCUCUUUGAGCACCACUGCGACGUGGACGUCUCCUUCGGGCCCUGGGAGGCGGUGGCCGACGUCUACGACCUGCUGCACUGCAUCGUGGGCGACCUGGCGCACCGCGGCAUCGCCGCCGAGCAGCAGUGCAUCGGCGUGUGUGACAAGCACCUCAUCAACCACUACUACUGCAAGAGGCCCAUCUACGAGUUCAAGAUCACCUGGUGGUGAAAGGCGGGCCCCCCCCAAACCGCCCCCCCCUCCCCGUUUCCGGGCCCCUUUUGGAAGCCCUCGCGUCCUUUCCGCUCAAGGCACGCUCGCGUUUUACCGCCGGCCGAUGGGACUCCAAAGAGUCCCUCCUUUAACAUGGCUGAAAGCCCCAAAGGUCACGGGUCACACACGACCUUAGCAUUUCUGCUCCCUCGCCAUCCAAGCCGUACUCCGCGUUGGCCCUGCGGUCCAGGAAACGAGCAGGGGAGCGCGCCACCCGAUCGAAACGCGCCCAUUUCGGUGAGAUUGACAAAAACAAUCUGCUAUAUUUCCAUUUGGAAGUAUAAUUUGGGGGGAAAAUUAUUAUUCCUCCCUGUAAAAAGACAACAUUAGCCUUGAGCCUGAAGGGAAUUUUGAUUUUCUUGAAUCAUUUUUUAGUUGGCGUCUCAGCGCCGUCCCCCAAGAAGGUCCCUACUUGUUCGUUCCGCGUGGGACGGUCAUAUGACGACAUUGUUUUCUGGAUUCCUUGUUGCAUUAUACACGUUUUCCCCCCAGCGGGGAGUGUGAAUGUGCUGAACUCCUGUUUCCGCGCCGUUUCCCGCUUGGAUAUAUCAACACGGCAGUCCGGCCCGCUUUCGACGGCAAACUCGCCUUGAUCCAUUGCAGACUCAAUGAAUCGUGAAUGUCGUGAUUGCUGUGCCCAUCCCUGCUAUUGCAAUUUCCGCCAUCGAAAUUAUUUCAAGCAUUCCGCUCGCCAUUCCACCCCCCCACACACACUCCCCUCACGUUUCAUAAAGUACAAGCAAAUGUUGGAACGUAGCACUUGACGCUAAGCUAACGGGACCCCCCCGGUGUCCUUGUACCUGAUGAAGUCUGAGCACCUUGCGAUUGUAGCCGACAAAGUGUAUCUUUUGUAGCUCACUGCUUAGACGCUAUAGACGUCCCACUUUAGUUUUGGUUGUCUUCGUAGCACUACGUUGUGUUGUUUCCAUCAUGGAUCAUCAGAAAAAAAAAAAUCUGUUGGCUUCUAGGAAGCUGUCGUUUUGUUUUUUUGCUUUGUAUUUAUUGUACUAUUU